AAACAGCAUUCGCGCUGUCUUCAUUCUUUCAUACUAAUUCUUUUUUCUCAUCACAUCCUAUUACUUCAACACUACUUCUACACCACCACUAACUACUCAGGAUAAACAAUGAGUCGAGGAGCAGGUUACGACCGCCACAUCACCGUCUUCUCUCCUGAAGGGCGGCUUUACCAAGUUGAAUACGCCUUCAAGGCUAUCUCGAACUCAGGAAUUACCUCUAUCGGUGUUCGUGGCAAGGAUUCCUGCGUUGUUGUCACUCAACAUAAAGUUCCUGAUAAAUUGCUUGAUGCAUCAACUAUCAGACACAUUUAUCCAUUGACAUCCAAGAUUGGGUGUGUGAUGACAGGACUGGUACCUGAUGCUAGAUCGGCUGUUUCAAGGGCGCAGCGGGAGGCAGCAGAGUUCCGGUACAAGUUUGGAUAUGAAAUUCCUCCAGAUAUGCUGGCCAAGCGUAUGGCCAACGUCAAUCAGGUCUAUACUCAACAUGCUGCUAUGCGACCUCUGGGUGUAUCCAUGAUUUUGAUUGGGUUGGAUGAUGAGCGUGGUCCUCAGCUGUUCAAAAUUGAUCCUGCAGGAUACUUUGUUGGAUUCAAGGCAACGGCAGCUGGCGCUAAACAAACAGAGAGUUUGAACCAUCUGGAGAAGAAAUUGAAAAAGGAGAAGGAGCUAAAUGAAGAAGAGGCCAUUGAGCUUGCGAUUACGACAUUAUCCACUGUGCUGUCGUCUGAUUUCAAGGCAACUGAGAUCGAGGUUGGUGUUGUCUCACUCAGGGAGCCCAAGUUCCGUACCUUGGAAGUUUCUGAAAUUGAGGAUCAUUUGCAGAGAAUCGUUGAGAAGGACUGAAGGAUUAAAUAAAACAUGGAAAACCAAGGAAAAUAUAUCGUUGUUCCUUUACAGCAAACUAUAAAGUACUUUAUUUUAUGUCUGUGCUCAACUAUGGGCUUAUCUGAAUUGACAGACAUGACAUGUAUAUGUGAUACU